AUGGCUAGCCUUUCACGCGCAUCUCGAAUCCGGACUAACAAUAUAAACCCCAGCAUCUGCGACAUCCAAGAGAAAUUCCGCGCUCAAAUCUACGAGUUCCCCAAGCUGUACGAUUCCCUCCAAACGCGCAAGAAACCAAAAGAGCCAAAUAACCUAAACAUUACCAGCGUCUCGAUAACCGACAAAAUGCUGCAGGCAGCAUCAAUCCUGAAAAUGCCCGUGUUCGUAACAACCCAAAGCCGCAAGAAGCUCGGCAAUACCGUGUCGGAACUACAAGAGCGUCUCAACGGCCCGCACAUCCGCGCCGACGUAGACAAGACCAUCUUCUCGAUGAUAACCCCGGAGAUAGAGAAGCUGCUUCCGGCGGCCAGUGAGACGCAGCUCGAUGUGAUCAUCGUUGGACUUGAGACCCAUAUUUGUGUGACACAGACGACGCUCGAUCUUCUGGAGCGCGGACACCGGGUUUAUGUCCUCGUUGAUGGGGUAAGUAGUGUUAAUUCUGAGGAGAGGGGGGUUGCGCUUGCUAGAUUGAGAGAUGCGGGGGCUGUGAUUACGAGUAGUGAGGGUGUGCUGUUUGAGAUUGUCGGGGAUGCUGGGCAUGAAGCGUUCCGGGCUAUUAGUGGACUUGUUAAGGAGACCAAGGAGAGUACCAAGGGAGCUUUGGGCGUUUUCUCAAAAAUUUAG